AUGGAGAAAUCCGUAGAGUCCCUGACACUCAAGCGAAAGCGUGAUGCCACGCCGGCUGAGAUGCUGGAGGAGCUGGAGGAGCUGGAUCGAGCUGAGCUCAGCGAUGACAGCAAGGAUCUCGUGGACGAGCUUCAGGCGAAGGCAAAAGCGGCUUUCGACGACCCGGAACUGGACCAGGAUAGCCUGAAAGCGUCUUGGACAGUUUUCGAUCGGCUGUAUAAGAAGGUUUUGAAGGGGAAGCGGGAAGUUGUCCGUCUCAAGGAAGAGAAGAACCAGUUGAGUGAGAAGCUCUCCGAGGCCGAACAGGACCUUGGUGAGGCUGCCAGCCAACUCAACCGGUUCGGCUUCUUGUUCAAGAUUGGCGACUGGUGUGAGGCAAUUCACGACGCCAUCAAAUAUUACGAGGAGAGAGACGCCAAGACCAAUCAUUCUUCGAAUAAUAACGUCAUUAAGCGCGCUGAAGAUGCCUGCAAGUUCCACCACCUCACCGUCGAUAAAUUCCCACCAAACAAAGCCCAAGGCUAUGCCACAAACUCGAGGCAAUGGUCAGCAGCGAGAGGAAAGUGGUGCACCUCUGUUGUUGCCAAUGUCGAGCCCGAGCUAAAGGACGUCGGGAAAUGGAAAGAGUCUGGGGAGGACCCAUCCCAAGCACCUUUCACGCCAUACCUAGAUCGACUUGAUCUGCUAUGCCAAGAUGCUGGCCUCUCGAGGACUAGUUACCUGGCCACAGCCAGGGUCUACUCGGAGCGGAAUGAGGCCGCCCAUAACCCUUGCAUCAAACUUGUCGACCAUGUUGAUCCGGCUACCAAAAUAGUAGACUGGCAUGAGGUCAAGAAGGCUUGUGAGAGCAUCAAAGAAGGGAGCAAGAAGGAAUUGGACGAAGGUCGAUUCACUGCAGAGAAUCACUCCUUCUUUGUGGACACGGUCAAUCACUGGCUGCGGAUGCACGUCUCCUCCUGGCCAGCAGGAUCAGCCCCUGUGUUAACGACGUUUGGGGAAUUUGAGCGAGACAAGGCUGAAAGGGCGGCCUCGAAGAGGUUGAAUCCGGCGGCACACAAUCCUCAUCAUGGCCCUUCAUACAAGAAGGGCAAGUAUGACGAUCUUUGA